AUGGCUACUUCUGAGAACUCAUCUUUGGAGACGAGCAACAUGGUCCAGCAAGAUCCUCCAAAUGACACCGUCAUGGAUGAGCAGGUCGAUACAACAAUAUCAGACCCUCUCGGAACUGGCUCACAUGACUCCGAGGACGAGAAUACGGCCCAGGCCGAGAAAGACAGCGAUGCAGGUAGCAGUUUUGGCGGCGCUGAAACCAGCGAUGAUAAGAGUGAUGGGAGCAGCAAUGCGGGUAGCAAGGGUGACCAUGAGGGAAAAGGCGACGGAAGCGAUGCGGAGAGCAAUGCUGGGGACGAUGAAGAUGAGAGUGAUGAAGAGGAAGAAUCAUUUGAGUCUUACUCACUAAAGGUCGCCCAGCUCUGUCGGGAUCUUGGAUAUGGAGAGCCACUGAAGAUCGAAGACAUGAAGGCAGGCGGCUUUCAUAAGAUUGUGGGCCUUUCAGUGGGCGCACCUCUCGGUUCUGACCUCAUCCUCCGGAUUCCAAAAUGGAUGGAUGAUUCUGAGUCCGCUGACUUCCUCGACCAAGUCGCGAUUCCUUCUUACUUUUCCAAUUACGAUUUUUUGCAUGGCCCUAAGAUCGUCGCGUACGACUCAACCGAAAAUAAUGCCCUAGGAGCCCUGUAUGUUCUCCAAGAGAGAUUUGCUGGUGUUCCUGCUGGAGAAGUCUUCUACACUCGUCCUCUUGCGGAAAAGCUUCAGAUCACUACCCUUGUGGCCGAGACGUUGACAAAGCUUGAAUCAAUUAGGCUUGAGAAACCCGGGCGGCUAGGUGCGACUAGUUCUUUGGCUCCCAAGUAUAUUGGAUCACCUCUUGCUGCGGAGCUUAACAUUGGUCCUUAUCGAUUCAGCCCACUUCACGAAAUGCCCGUGGUCGAGAAGCAACCUCUACGCGGCUUUUUUAUCUCCCUCUUUGAAAUACUAAAGCAAAGGGACAACUACUUGGAAGACAAGUGCGAUAGAUUGAUUGAGAUUACGAAGGAGAUGGAGUCAGCUGGCUUCAUACGAACUACGGAUACCGAAUGUGUUCCUUGGCAUUGGGAUUUUUCUUCAAAUAAUAUCAUGGUUCAUCGCCAGGAAUCCACAAAGGCUGCCGUUGUCGGGAUGCCAGCUUCCAACAAAGGCUGUCAACAUAGUGUUAAGGUCAAGUUUGAGGAUGGCGACCCGCAGGGUACACGAAAUACAAUCCAUGUCGAGGUCGAGGACAAUUCCGGCAGAAACUGCAGUCACAAGAUUGAGAUUGCUAUUGAGCAUUCUCCCGGAAAGAAGUACCGACACACAAUCAAUCUUACCGGUUCCGCAGACACCGAUAAUCACAUUGCCAAUACCCCUUUCGACUCCACCUCCCAAGAUCAAGGCAUCGAUAAUUCGAUGCCCGGACCGUGGUCAGUCAGUGGAGUCAUCGAUUGGGAUGAUGUGCUGUCCGUUCCUCUUGUUCUCGCCAGAAAACCACCCUCGUGGCUUUGA